AUGUUGGUGAAACAACUCUUGAAUUUUAUCGCGUUAGUCACGCUCGUCCGUGCACAAUCCUUCAUAGGAUGCGUGGAUAAUAUGCCUAGCGAUACCAACGAAGUGGAGAUCGAGGGUGAUUGUCAGAGUACAUGUAAAAAUCAAGGAUACGAAUACGCUUUCUGGUCAGCUUUCGAAACGGAUUGUCAAUGUGGGAAUUCACCACCCAAGACGUUCAUGUAUAAUGUCGCUCAAGAUGAAUAUGGGAAAUGUCUACCUUAUGAUCGUGAGGUGACCAAAAUACACGUUCCAUUACAAUUCCACCUUUGCGCCAAAACCAUCGAACUGUCGUCCACAAAAUUGGUCAAAGCAACUAGUACGAUAGUCGGUACGAUGUCAGAAUGCUUCGACCUUUGUCCUGAAGCGGAUUACAUUGCCAUUGCCCCCCAAUGGGUCAAAACGACAUACGAAUGUAGAUGUGGUGGAAUGCCUAUAUCUUACAAUCCGAUGAUAUGCGGUGAGGGUACCUUUUAUGGUUACUCCAACCCAUCUUCCAAGGGGAAUAGAAGGAAGGGUACGGCAGGGAAGAAAUCGAAACCGCAGAGGUUGGGUAAACAGCAGGUGGAGAAAGUGGAGAAGGGGGAAGGUAGACCGAAUAAGUAUUAUGGAGCUCUGUAA